CCCAUUUCUUUCCGUAGCCCAGGGGCGUCCACAAAAGUGACCCCGUUUCCCAUUAUUUCAUUGGCCGGGGGAGUCCAUUGUUGGCUGAUCUAUUUAAUCCAACCGCUCCACAUUUCUGCACAGAUGACAACAUUUGUGCAUUAAUUGAAAAUCGGCCCAUUAAAAUUUAACCCCAGUUAAAUUGUGCCAAAGGGGCUGUGCAUCAUCCUUUCGAGAGGAAGAAGCUGCUGACCGUCAUUCAUUCAUUGGAGAGAAGGAUCCGCUGACCAGCAGCUCAGAGAUGGCUGGCUUCUUCUCUGACCUGAUCCAGUACCGGGGGCUGUUUCAAAUGAUCGUGGUGCUAGGAAUUGGUGGCAGCUUCCCCUAUGGGUUCCAUAUAUCUGUGAUCAACUAUCCCUCCCUGCAUAUUCGAAAUUUUAUCAACGGCACUUGGAUCGAACGGCACGGCUUCCCACUCUCUCAGGAGACCACUCUCCUCUUGUGGUCCUUCAUUGUGUCUGUCUAUGGCAUCGGAGGCCUGCUGGGAAGCGUCUGCUGUGGGUACCUGACAACAAAAUAUAGGAAGAAGAAAUGUCAGAUGUUCACCAACUUGAUUAUGUUGGCUGCUGCCGUGUCCAUGGGCUUCAGCAAGAUGGCCAGGUCCUUUGAGAUGAUCCUCUUUGGACGCCUUCUCUAUGGAAUCGGCAUUGGAUUUUCCUUUAACAUACACCCUCAAUACGUAGGGGAGAUUUCACCCAAGAAGCUGCGGGGAUUUACAAGUGCUACAGUGGCUGUUUUUUUGACUCUAGGGAAGGUCUCAGGACAAAUCAUUGGCCUCGGGGAAAUGUUAGGGGGUGAAUCCGUGUGGCCCUUACUGCUGGCCUUCAGUGGUGUCACAGCUGUGAUCCAGCUCCUUGCUCUGCCUUGCUUCCCUGACUCUCCAUCUUACCUCCUGAUUCAGAAGGGCAACAAGGAAGCCUUCAUGAAAGCUAUCCAGCAGCUCUGGGGCGAAGGCGACCACCAAGCCGAGAUCGAGGACCUCAAGAAGGAGAAGGAAUCCAUGGCGGGCACCAAAAGCCUGCGCGUCCUUGAGAUCCUCAAGACCCGGUCCCUGCGCUGGCAGCUGUACGUGGUGAUCGUCCUCAUGACCACGCUGCAGCUUUGUGGCAUCAAUGCAAUCUACUUCUACUCUUUUGAGGUUUUCCGCACGGCCCAGUUCGAAGAAGACCUCAUCCCCUACGUCUCGCUGGGCGUCGGGAUGUGCGAGUUCCUCUCCUCCAUCUUGUGUAGUUCCCUGAUCGAGCGCUUUGGACGGAGGCUGCUGCUCUGGGGUGGGUACGCCGCCAUGGCUGUGGUGCUUGCCCUCCUCACCCUGACCCUCUCGCUCCAGCACCGCUUCUUCUGGAUGCAUUACUUCAGCGUCAUCCUCGUCUUCCUCUUUGUCCUCUGCUACGGGAUUGGGCCUUCCGGGGCCACAGUGACCGUGAUGGUCGAAAUCUUCAGCCAGACCUUCCGCCCGUCGGCCUUCGUGAUUGUGGGGUUUUUCAACUGGGCGGGUCUCUUUCUGCUGGGGAUGAUCUUUCCGUUCAUUGUGGAAUAUCUUGGCCCUUUCUGCUUCCUGGUAUUCAUGGGAAUCCUGGCUGUCUCCGCCAUUUUCAUCUACCUGUUCCUCCCGGAAACGAAGGGGAAAUCCAUCAUGGACAUCACCGUGGAGUUUAAUAAGUUAAACUAUGGGAAACAAGCCUUCUCCACAGAAAACCACGUCCCUAAAGAAACUGUCCUUUGCACCAGGCUCUGAUUCUCCAAAGGCAGCAUCUACAGGAGGGGGACCUUGGCCAUGCCGGCCAUGCAGAUGCAACCGUGACACUCACCCAAGUGCAGCCUUUGAGUUCCUUGCACAGUCCUGCUAUAGCUUUGCAGGAAGCCACAGCCAGUGAAUGCUGCAUGUUUACACCCCGUUUGCCAGGAGAUACUGAGCUGGGAGCUGCUGCCUGCCUGGGCCAUCCUUUCUCUUGGUGCCACAAAAGGGCAGCUAACCUGUUCCAAGGCCACCAAAGGCAACUCAUUAUCUGCUGCGUGUGUCCCCAGGAGCCACCUGAAGUCGAGAAACAUCUGGACUAGCCCUCCUCAAGAGGAACCUUCGCCAGCUUCAGCAGCAUCCACAUUCUGCAGUGGGGGGGGGCAGGGGGAGGUGUGGCACAA